AUGGAUCCUCUACAGUAUUUAUUUCUCUGUGGACUUCUGUACGCCCAAACCCACGGUUCUCGUCUCCGCCAGGAAGACUUCUCUCCUCGCAUUGUGGAGCACCCUUCUGACCUUAUUGUGUCCAAAGGGGAACCAGCCACUCUCAACUGCAAGGCUGAAGGCCGUCCAACCCCCACGGUCGAAUGGCACAAAGACGGGGAGCGCGUCGAGACGGACCGCGACAACCCCCGAUCGCACCGCAUGCUGCUGCCCAGCGGGUCGCUCUUCUUCCUGCGCAUUGUCCACGGACGGCGGAGCAAGCCCGACGACGGCAGCUACGUGUGCGUGGCCCGAAACUAUCUGGGCGAGGCCGUAAGCCGCAACGCGUCAUUGGAAGUAGCACUGUUACGCGAUGACUUCAGACAGAACCCGCAGGACGCCGUGGUGGCGGCCGGGGAGACCGCCAGCCUCGAGUGUCAGGCCCCUCGCGGGCACCCUGAGCCCACCACCUUCUGGAGGAAAGAUAAGGCUCGUCUCGACCUCAAGGACGACAGGAUCACGGUACGUGGAGGCAAGCUGACAAUUUCUAACACCAAGAAGAGCGACGCAGGGAUUUACGUGUGUGUGGCGGCCAACAUGGUCGGAGAGAGAGAGAGUGAAAAAGCUCAGCUCUCAGUGUUUGAAAGACCCGUGUUUGUGCAACGACCUGUGAACCAGGUGGUCUUGGUAGAUGAGAGUGUGGAGUUCAGGUGUCAAGUCCACGGUGACCCUCCGCCUACGCUGCGCUGGAAAAAGGAGGAUGUGGAUAUUCCCCGUGGCAGGUACGACAUCAGAUACGAAAAAGAGGACUUCCUGCUGCGGAUCAAAAAGGCCUCAGUCAGCGAUCAGGGCACCUUCGCUUGUCUUGCCGAGAACCGCGUGGGCAAAGUGGAGGCCUCGGCCUACCUGACCAUCAGAGCUCGCCCCGUCGAGGCGCCCCAGUUUGUGGUGCGACCCCGGGACCAGAUCGUGGCUCAAGGACGCGCAGCUACCUUUCCCUGCGAGACCAGGGGCAAACCUCAGCCCACUGUCUUCUGGCAGCGAGAGGGCAGCCAGGACCUUCUGUUUCCCAACCAGCCGACACAGGGAGACAGCCGAGUUUCUGUGUCUGUGAGCGGCGAGCUGACCAUUUCAUCUGUGCAACGCUCUGAUGCCGGGUACUAUAUCUGCCAGGCCCUCACUGUGGCAGGCAGCAUCAUGGCCAAGGCUCAGCUUGAAGUGGCAGACGCCCUGAAGGACCGCCCACCACCCAUCAUCCGGCAGGGCCCGUCCAACCAAACGCAGGCGCUGGGAGGCGUGACCCUGCUCAGGUGUCAGGCGUCCGGGGAGCCCGAGCCCACGGUGUCCUGGCGGAAGAACGGGGCCAGCCUGCUGGGAAAGGACCCGCGGUUCUCACUGCUCGACCAUGGAAGCCUCCAGAUCCAGAGCACCAGGCUGGCUGACUCCGGGUUGUACACCUGUGUAGCCACCAGCUCCAGUGGAGAAACAUCGUGGAGCGCCUUCUUGGAUGUCAGAGACUCCACCGACCUCGUAGACUUCAUGUCUCACAAUGCAACCGCCCUCCCAGGGCCGCCCUCCAAGCCAGAGGUCACCGAUGUUACCAAGAGCAGCAUCUCGUUGUCAUGGGAACCGGGGCCAGAGGCGGGAACCCCGGUGUCCUCCUAUGUCAUUGAGGCCUUUGGUCAGUCAGUGAGUAACAGCUGGCAGACAGUGGCAGACCAUGUGAAGACCACUGAGUACACAGUUAAGGACCUGAGACCCAACACAGUCUACCUGUUCAUCAUCAGGGCCGUGAAUGCUCAAGGGCUCGGAGACCCCAGCCCCAUGUCUGAACCUGUCCGGACACAAGACAUUAGUCCUACAGCACAGGGAGUGGACCACCGCCGCGUGCAGAAGGAGUUGGGAGACGUGCUGGUCAGCAUGCAUAACCCUGUGGUCCUCAGCUCCACGUCAGUGCAGGUCACAUGGACUGUGGAGAAUCCAUCCCAGUUUAUCCAAGGCUACCGGGUUCUUUACCGGCAAACGUCAGGGCUGCCCUCCCCAGGGCCGUGGCAGAUACAGGACCUGAAGGUUGCCUCGGAGAGGGACAUAACUCUCCCCGGCCUGAAGAAGGGCAUCGUCUAUGAGAUUAAAGUGCGGCCCUACUUCAACGAGUUCCAGGGUGCAGACAGUGAAUCCAUGACAGCACGCACCAUGGAGGAAGCACCCAGCGCGCCUCCGCAGCAAGUGACAGUGCUGACAGUGGGAAGCCAUAACAGCACGUCCAUCAGCGUGUCGUGGGACCCCCCGCCCUCCGACGAGCAGAACGGCAUCAUCCAGGAGUACAAGAUCUGGUGUUUGGCCAACGAAACGCGAUUCCAUGUCAAUAAGUCUGUGGACGCGGCCAUCCGUUCAGUGGUUGUCGGGGGUCUGCAGACCGGUGUGCAGUACCGCGUGGAGAUGGCUGCAGGCACCAGCGCCGGGGUGGGGGUCAAGAGCAAACCGCAACUCAUCAUCUUGGGUGCAGAGCUGAGGGACGUGAUGACAGGAUCUGAGGGCAACAACAGCAUCUCGGACGUCGUGAAGCAGCCGGCCUUCAUCGCCGGUUUGGGAGGGGCCUGCUGGAUUGUCCUCAUGGGCUUCAGUGCCUGGCUGUACUGGAGGAGAAAAAAGAGGAAGGGACUCAGCAACUAUGCAGUUCAGUCCUUCACCUUCACUCGUGCAGUUACUUUCCAGAGAGACAGAGGCCUGAUCAGAAACGGAAGCCGUCCGGGGCUGCUGAAAGCGGGCGACCAAGGCCUCCCCUGGUUGGCCGACUCCUGGCCCUCAACGAGCCUCCCGGCCAACCGCGGCUUAGGAAGUCCAAAGGGCGGCAACAACUUUGGCAGAGGAGAUGUGUUACCGUCCGCAGCGGUGGAGAAGACCGGCACCAUGCUGUCUGAUGGUGCCAUCUACAGCAGCAUUGACUUCAUGGGGAAGGGCGGCUACAGCAGCCCAGCACGAGGCACGCAGCCCACCCCCUACGCCACUACUCAGAUACUGCAGUCCAACAGCUUCCACGAGCUGGCUGUGGACAGGCCAGAUCCCCGCUGGAAGGCUUCGCUCCAGGCCCACCAGGAGAUGGCAAACCUUGGCUACUCGCUGACUGACCGACACCCUGGCAGUGGUGCAAAGGGUGGGAAGAAAAAGAAGGUGAAGGGUGGAACAAAGACCGCUAAAUCCAAUGGGACAUGUUGGGCUAACAUGCCCCUGCCUCAACCACCCAUGCACCCGCUUCCUGGUACCGAGGUCGACCUUGACCGCUACCCCGAGGAAAACCACGGAGGAGGAUAUGACAGCAACAGCUGGGCCCCACCCAUGUCGGUCCAGACCUACCACCACCAGAGUCUGGACAACGAGGUAGAGGAGGAGCGAGGUCCCACUCCUCCGCUGAGAGGACGAUCUUCAUCUCCAGCUGCAUCUUCCUUCAGCCAGCCCUCGUCCUCCUCUCUCAGCUCUGCCCACCAUGAAGAGAUGCAAUCCAUCCUACAGGCCCACCUGGACGAGCUGACCAGAGCUUACCAGUACGAGGUGGCCAAGCAGACGUGGCACAUGAAGAGCACUCCAAACAUGUCCAAGACCCCCAUCCCUCCGAUCGACUUCAUGUCCAGCACCCUGGGCUCCGAUCUGGGAGCCACUCUCCUCUCCGAGGACGACGAGGACGAGGAGGAGGACCAGAGAUACGCGAUGGUGUCGAAGAAUCUGUGUGGCUUUGAAUACAUUCCCGGUCACAGCGUGGAAAACCUGGAGGGCUCAGGUAAACCCCCCCAGCUGUGUCGCUCAGACGGCUCUGGCACUGCCGACCACGGCGCAAAGGGCACGCAUAGCCUUGGCCACAAGAGGGCACCGCUGACUGGCCUCAAACCCCAGACAGACAAGGUCGGGACUCUGUCCAGAAGAAGGGACGCCAACGCGGACGCCCACACACCGGCCAUCAAGUCCCUGCACAGCGUGGGCUCCCGCAUGCACAGCUCGUGGGCUGCUGCAGGCUCAGACCCCUCUGAGGAGUGCAUGGUGACCGUGUCAACGCUGGAGCGGCAGCAUAUGGCUUCCUGGAGCGGCACGACAACAUCCAACAGGGCCACCCUGAGUAGGGGUUCCCACAAGAGACCUGGCACAGAUGCCUCCCACAACGGGCAUCCUCCCACAAACAGCACAGAGAGGAGGGAACACUGUGAGUAUCUAUCCUCAUGA